CGAGCCCACGCAUUCCAGAGCUCCCUGUGCUGCUGUUAAAACUUUUUCUUCCUCUUUCCCCCCCUUCCUUCCUUUGUCUCUUUCAAAGUCAUUUUUCGGCCGCCGCCUCCUUCCUCCUCUCCUAAUGAUGUAUGGAUGAUUUACUGCGUUGGGAAGGCGCGAGGGAGAUUGGCAAUCUAUACACACACACACAUAUAUAUAUGCACACAUGUCUCGAUCUAUAUGUGACGCGGCCAUAUUUGUGGAGUGCGCUUGUCUAUGGCAGUAAACAACCCCCAAAGUCUCGGGGAAGGCGGACGCCGAGCAAGUGACCGAGCCGUGUCGCGGGAUUCCAGGACAUCCCCACAGCCUCCUUUCGCUGAUGUCGCUGCUGCUUCUCGGUAUGUCUUACAAGCCAAACUUGAACGCGCACGUCUCGGCGGCGGCGGCGGCGGUUCCCAUCAGCCAAGCUGGGAGCGUUCACUCUCCUUCCACGAGCAUGGCAGGCUCAGGGCAAUACAGACAUCUUAUAAAUGACUAUGGACCCCCGUCUCUAGGGUACACACAAGGAGGGCAGGGAACAAGUAGCAGUCAAGUACCACAGAGCAAGUACGCGGAACUUUUGGCCAUUAUAGAAGAAUUAGGAAAAGAAAUUAGGCCUACAUAUGCUGGAAGUAAAAGUGCCAUGGAAAGGCUAAAACGAGGCAUAAUUCACGCAAGAGGACUAGUUAGAGAGUGUUUGGCAGAGACUGAGCGGAAUGCAAGAUCCUAGCGCCUUUCCCCACGGCUACAAGAUUUUCCCAUCUCAACACCGAUUCCUUUGGAGACUACAGAAACGUUCAGACAGAUCCCUUAACUUGACAGUUCCACUUUCUCCCCCCCACCAGACGCUGCCCUUUUCAGGAAUGUGUGCCACAAGGCGAGGAGGUACUAGGGGUGCGCCCACGGGUAUGUGUGCUCAGCAGAAAUUUUGGAUUCUCUCCCUCCCCCCCCGACAUCCAUCCUAGGCUAUACUUCAAACAGUUUUUGAAACUCCCCUUGGUUUCAAAAGCAGCCCAUCACCAUCCAGCCAGGUGGGCUUCUGUUUGAGAAAGUCCAAAGGUCCCCUCAGGGGAUAGAACUCAUUGCAUUUUUUCUGUCUGGAUUUGGGUCAUAGUUGAGCAGAACAAGAUUCUCCUCCCUCCUACUUAAAGUGGAGUUUGCAACAUUUAAUUUGGGAUGCUCCCUGAAGCAGUUUUGAAGGUGGUUUUGUUUUUUUUAACUGCACUCAGAGUCCUUUCUCAAUUCUCUCUUUUCUGGCCAAUGUUGUUCCUUCGACUGACAGUAUUCCUCCCAUGCAAUGGUUUCAGUUUGCAUUCUAGGGCUCCUUAGAAGCAUUCUCAGUGACAAACAUCAGUAACAUCAGACAAGCUUGCCUGAGAGGAAGUUCCUUUGCUUACUGUCAGUCUUUCCCUGUAAUGUAAAACGAGUGUUGGCUGUGUUGUUAAGUCACAAAGGGUUGUUCAUAUGAGACAAUGGCUAGGCUAAGCCAGUCCAGACAACACACUAUGUGGAUUGGGGGGUCCACAUCCCAUGGUCUUCUGCAAUGCAGCAAGCUUCCCAUGCCAACCAAGCUAUGCAGAACAGCUGAUGAGGAACAGACUCCUUGGAAGUAAAAUCUGAAAACGGUCACCUUAAUUCUCAAGCAUUCAUUUUGCUUCACUGCUACACCAUUCUUACGAUAUUUCUUUCAUUUUGAUUAUGGAGAUCACAUGUUGUUUCCCUCAACCAAUAGCCUCCCAAUUUCUAGUUUGGUACACACACACACACCAUAAAUUUUACUCAGAAAUUUAUUUUCCCCCUCCACCCUUCUGCAUGACUUUUAGUGUCAGAGUCCAUUAAAAGUGCAUGAGUUCUACAAAAAGAGCAUUUUCAAACCUGUCACAGGGCCCCAAAAGUAACUCUAUUCCCCCGAUUUAAAUUGUAACUUUGCCAAAAAGAAAAGAAAAAUUCCAAAUAAGUGACUAAAACUGUUGUUUGCAUCUUUGUAUGUAUUUAUUACUUGAUGUAAUAAAGCUUAUUUUCAGUAA